AUGUCAAUCUCCCCUUUCUUUGUUCCUUUAUCUCUUCUUUAUUUUCUUUUAAAAACUCUCUCUCUCUUUCUCUCCCUCUCUUACAUUCUCAAGACUUUCUCUCUCACCCUAUUUUUUUUUUCAUUUUUUCCUCCUCCUCUUCCAGAAUUCAACAUCGUACCGCUCCUUCCCAAGAAACCGCUACUGAUUCCUUUCUUUUCUUCUAUCACGUCUUACUUCAUUUUUCUCUCUUUCUUUCUUCCUCCAUCUCUCUCUCUCUCUCUCUCUCUCUCUUUCUUUCUGCCUUUCUCUCUUUUCCGUUCUUAUUUAAGCCCCUUAUCAUUGCCAAUGUCAUUAUGCACAUUUCACGCUUGUCUUCUCACUCAGCUUGCAACCAUUUUCUCUUUCAAAGAUAUUGUUUAUUUUUUCCCCCUUUCGUUCAUACAUAUUUUGCUCAUAAAAUCGUAUUUCUCCCUCUUAUCCUCUCUCUCUCUCUCUCUCUCUCUCUCUAUCUCUCUAUCUAUCUAUCUAUCUAUCUAUCUAUCUAUCCUCCCUUUGCAUCUUUCCUUUCUUCCAGUCUCUUUUGCUGCCGCUCUUUUCUUUAUUUCUGAUUAG